UGCUCCGGAACCCUCAGCCAAUCAGCUGCCUGGCUGCAUGAAGCUGUGUGUUUCCCGAGUUCAGUGUGUUUUCAUUUCGGGGAACGGAGCAUGGUUCCUUGGAUAACAGCCCUGCCAACUUGCGACAACGGCUGGAGACCAGAGACAAAGUAACGGCCAAUGAGAGAACUAUUUAUCGCUUGAUGCUUCGACGAUGGAGGACGCACGUAGUGGACGGAGAAACCCGUCUGCCGCGGGGAGUAACGUUAGCAACAGAUCUGCCGCCGACAGCCAAGAUGGCGGACUGAGUCCCAGUUGUGGGUCUCCAACGGCUUCAGAUCACCGAGGGUCCGAGGUUAUAGACCUUCUGAGUUGCCCGGAAACCAAGCUGUCGGAGAGAAAGUCCUCGGCCUCGAACCCGGUGCACCUCAGACACAUGCCCAUGGAGCCGCUCAAGUUCCACAUCCCGAGGAAGAACAAGGAGACGAGAGCUCUGUUCCAGUAUGUGUCAAGCGAGUCCAGGGAGUUUGAGGACAUGCUGACCAUCCUAACGUCCAGCUACAAGGACAGCAGCUCCUCACUCUGCUUCACCUACAGCAAGCCUAGACUGGUGCACAAUGCUGUGCUGGAGGGACAGUUUGUGGAGAAAAGAAAGGAGAUGAAGAGUGAAGGGAGGACGGAGAACGAGCUGGAGGAGAGCUACUGCUUCUUAUUAGCUGAUGCUGUCAAGCUGCCGUGGAUGUGUGAGAAGGGCUUGUUGACGGGACAUAGCUGGGUCACGGCUCUGGGGAACCCCAGUAAAGGAGUGUAUCUGUCAAAGUUCUCUGACCUGCUCCAGAACAACCCCUUCAGCCCUGGCUCCUCUGGGGAGAUCCUCAUCUUCAAGGUCAUGAAGGGGAAGGUGAAGAGCAUCUAUGAAAGUAUGUCUAAGAACCUCCUGGACCCCACACCGCGCUUCGACAGCCAUGUUUCCAAAAAUGCCAGCAAGGUCACCUCACUGACCUCGUACCGUGCCUUCGAGCUCACACAGCAAUACUUCUACGAGUAUUGGUUCGACGAGGUGAGACCGCAGCCCCGACAGGUGUGUCCCUACGCUGUGGUCUCUUACUCGUUCAAAGGAAAAGAUACCCCGCUCCCAAGCAAGCCCCUCCCCCCUCUCAGAUUGAACAGCCAAUCAGCAGGCGGUAGUAAAGAGCGUGCUCAGUUUGUGGUGUGGAGCGGGGCCCUGGUGAAAGGAGAACAGCACCUGCUCCAUCUCUCCCUGCUCUCCUUCUCCCCUCCUCUCCUGCCCUGCAGCCUACCAGAAAAGCUGGAGAUUGAUUGGCUGAUGAGUCUGAACCAUGUGACCGAGCACCUCCCCGCCUCUCUGUUCUGUUGGAACCUCUACACUGGCAGCCAUGAAGUGGUGAAGAGCGGCUGGUUCUGUAGUCUGCUGGAGGCGUCGGAGCGGAGGGGCUCGGGACCCGACGCUAGCAAACUACUGCUGCAGCUGGAGGAGAGGAAACUGGUUCUAUUAUGUCCACUUCCUGAUAGUGGCUUCCUAAUCCUGCUUUCCAGUGUCCAAAUGGCCGCGCCUCCUGAGAGACCAGCCUUGUGGAAGAGAUGUCUUCAAGCCCUGUUCGUCUUCCCAGAGUCCAGAGACAUGGCUAGACCCAGAGGCUGUCCGUCCUCCUAUGAUGCCACGGGGCUUGUACCUCGGGGGGUGGAGCUGGGGCAAUUCGUCCCAGCGCUCCAUCACGCGCUGGUCAAGGCCCGGGCCAACCCCCCAACCGAGCUGGCGGCUGGUGUGGAGAGACAAGCUGGUCUCUACCUGGCCGGCAGGAGGGACCGCACGGUGCGGGCCUACCCCACGCCAGUGUAUGACUGUAAGCUGGAUGACCGAGGGAAGCUGUUUCCGGCUCCCAAACACCACCGUCUCAACAUGGAGGGCUACCUGCGCUCCUACCUCUACAGCCCGGUCUUCUACCAGCUCCCCUUGGGCCACGCCAACCGCCUGCUGGAGCUCCACCCACCUCCCGAUGAGGAGGAGCCGGAGGGGGCGGAGCCACUGACGGAGCCGGGGGCGGAGCCAGUCCCUGAGCACACCAUCCCUUUGAAGGUGUUCAAGAGGAGCAGUGUGCGUGACCCCAGGACAGCAGGAGCCCGGGAGGAAGAGGCACCACAGGGGAGGAAGAGGAGUCUGGAGGAGCUCACUGACCCAUCGCUCAAAAGAAUAUGCCAAGGGGAAGAGCCAGGAGCGUGUCUAACAGCUGACAGCAGCCCAAAGCCCGCCCCCGGCUGCUCUCUCUCCUCUGUGAUUGGUUCAGGGGUUUUGAAGGACGUGGAUCUCCGAAGAGACGGACCUGAGGCUGCCAACAAGCUUCUCAACAUUCUUUCAGGUCUCAACCAACACAGUGAAGCAGCCAUUCAGAGUGGUGCAGAAGAGGAAGCGCGUGACAGGCUUGCUGGCAGGCUGGGUCUGCCCGACAGCGGUGACCUGGACCUUCGGAAACACCAGGAACUGGAGGUGCAGACUGGUGGAAGUGUGAGCAGCAUGGAGGGCUUCAGCCCGGGCUCCCACACUGGGGAGUUGACUCCUCAAGCAGCGGCCCAGGAAGAGGAAGAGGAAGAGAAAGAGAGGAGGGGAGGAGGAGACAAAGAACACCUUAUCCCUUGGGUUCUCAUCCCCAUUACAGGUGUCUGUUGUGACAAGUACAGCCAGCAACAGGUGCAUACCCCCCGGGACCCCCGCCUCUCGCAAACGGCCAGGGACCCCAGCAACUCCACUGGGGCCCCUAGCACUGUUCCCCCCUCUUCCCCUGAGCUCUCCAUCCCUACCUCCCCCCCUCCUUCAACCCCCCCAGGACCUUUCACCACCUGUCCCUUUAACGAGCUCCAGACUGGCUCUGUCGAGGUCCAAUUACCGCCCCCCGCCCCCUGGCAACCGGCAGGUGUUGCCAGCCAGAACAUGGAUACAACCCCUUUUCUUGCGGAGACCACGCACACGCCUUCUCCGUACAACUCUCCACAGCACAAGGAGGUGGUGGAGCAAAGAGAGGAAAUGGCACUGUUGGAGGAGGAGGAGGAGAAGGAGGAGGAGGAGGAGGUGGUGAGGAUGGAAUCAUCAAAACACGAGAGGGAGGAGCCCAGAGCCCCGGCCGUCGCCUCCCCUUCCCCUGCUCCCCUUCUCCUCGAGGACGUGGACGGUAUUGUGAUGGAGAACCUGGGAGUAUUUUCCUUGGACAUACAGCACCUCCUGCAGGAGGUGAACAUCACCUGCAGCGCCCGGCCUCACACACUGCGCACAAACCCCAGGCAUCGCACAGUCUCUACGGAGCACAAACCAUCGACAGCACGCACACACUCUGUAGAACACAGCCCAUCCACAGCGUUUGCACGGUCUGUAGAACACACGCCCUCAACAGAACCCAUCCCCCCUGCAGCACCUAGCAGGAGGCUAGCAGGCUUUUCUCAGUACGUGUCAUUAUUCAGCACCAGCACGCCGAUCCAAGAAUUUGUUUGCUCUCUGAGGAACGACAUGAGCAGCUUACUGCAAGACACUCAGGCUACAGGUACUGAUAGCCUGGCUAACUCUAGCCUGGCUGAAGUCUGCAGGACUGAAACCAAUGUGACACUAGCUAGCAGUAUCUCUGACUUCUUGGCCGGAAUGCGAGCUAGUGCAAACGACGGUAGUGGUAGCAUUUGCAGUAGCUCAGAACCCCUUGGUCACAACGUGAUGUCAUCUGCGAAGGAGGUGGAGUCUGGACCCAGCAGUGGGUCAGGCUUCAGCACUCCUCUCCUCCAGCCCCUCACAGAACACCCUCCACCCUGUGAAGCCCGUCCCCAGCCCCUGCUGGGACCCACACAACCCUCCUGGUGUCCCCAGCAACCGCCUGGGUUGCUUGGCAACAGCAGCAGUACCAUCGGCAGCAGUCUGGUGGAUGCAGACGGUGAAGGGAGUCUGUCUGUGCUAAGAGACAGACCCUGCCCUGACCCUGUCCCAGAGCCUGACCCUAUCCCUGACCCUGACUCGGGCCUGGGCCUGUGCCAGGCUCCCCCGCCAGGAGCCAUCAGCUCCCUGAUCAGCCAACUGCAGCCAGAGGUGUUCAGCAAUCUUGUGGAGAUCAUCAAGGACGUGAAGAGGAACUCGGUCCAGUUCUACGUACACAACUCUGAGCCAGAAGACCUGCUCUACGACCAAAUCAGGGAGUAUCUGCUCUCCCAGGGACAUGUAGAACAAAGUCCGGUGACCUUUCUGGAACAAGAGGGUCCAGGAGAGCGGUUCCUGGUGGUGAUCCAGAACAAGGACAUCUCUGCCCACAUCCACAAGGUCCCAGGGCUUGUGUCUUUGAAGAGGCGGGACUGUGUCCAGUUUGUGGGUGUCGACUCUCUGGACGACCUGAGGAACGGCAGUUACAAUGAGCUCUUUGUAUCUGGAGGCUGCAUUGUCUCCGACGAGUUCGUCCUAAAUCCCCACUUCAUCACUCAUGAGCGUUUGGAUGCUCUCCUCAUGUUCCUGGAAGAACAGAGCUCAGCUGAAGGCGUGUGGCGGUGGAGGAUCCACUGCAAGACUCACAAGAACCUCAAACAGCAGGCCAGAUUUAAAAAGGACGCUGCCAGCCUAUUGGACGUGCUCUCAGCCUAUCAGAAGCGACUGAUGGUAGAGCUCCUUCCCUACCAUCACUGUGACAUGACUAAAAGCCAAUCACCUGAUCUGGAAUGUCUGAUCGAACUGCAGGCCAGAUACACCCAGCACAGACAUCUCAUCUUCCUAACAGAGCGCCGCUUCGAGAUGUUCCCAAAAUAUUCCAGUAGUGGCAUCAUCAUUGCCAACAUGGACGACGUCAUCCACAACUUCAACAGCCUGGUUGUGGACCAAGGCCACAAGGACAAGCCAAUUACAGAAGACUUGCCAGAAGGUGUGGGUCCAGGGGUGCUAAACAGGCAUCUGAGUCAGGAGGACCCUGCUCUGGUAUCUGAACUCUCUCCUUCCCACUUCCCCAAACUCCCAGUUGCACCUAUUUCCUGCCCUCAUUUCCUCCCCCUCUCCUCCCCCACAAACCUGCCCGCGACUCCCCUCGACCAGCUGGUUCCCGACUCUCGCAAAUCCCACUCGACCUCCACCUCGUCCUCCUGCUCCUCCGCUAACGAGGGCCUGCCGCCCCAGACCAAUGCCGACUUUGAAGCGUUGCGAUUCGCCAUAUCCCACUUUAAGGCGGAGCGCCAGGCGAGGGCUCAGAAGCUGCAGCAGCACGGGCGGGAAGGCGUAGCCAACGGCUGCCCCACCCCUCCCAGCGGACCACCCGAGGAAAUCCAGCUCACCCCAGGGAGGAAGGCCUUAGAAGCCACUCUGGACUCCAUCCACUCUGUGCUGGCGGCAGACGGGGGAGGGGCAGCGGAGCCCGGGGGCAGCGCCAUGGGGGGAGCGCAUCCGACUGUUGGGGGAGUCCGUGGAGGGGCAUCACAGCCAGUGGGCGGAAAAGUUACAGUCCAGAGUGAGAUCAGCGUGAAGGCGGAGCCGUCGGCCAUAACAACAGUUGGCACCAAACUGAAAACCGCCAAUGAGUGUGAAGAGGGCGUGUGCUCGAGAGGUCUGGUCGACGCCGAACCCAUCUGCAGUACCUUGCCUAUGCCUAUAGAGACCUGCACUCCAAGGCAACAGGGAGGCCCGGAGCCUUCGUCGGGACAGGAGGAGGUCCCCCAAGCCUCCAAGAUGACGGGGUUCAUCACGACCCUAGGCCAGGACCCCCCCGGCCCCGCCCGCACGCCCGUCCACCCCUUCUACCAGUUCCCCCAGCAACCACGAUUUCCACAACCCCGGUUCCACUCGGCUCUCCUCCCCCAGCCACCCGCCGCCAUGCGCUACCCCCACAACCCCAUGCUCGGGCCCCUCGCAGCCCUGGGGGGAAUGAGGCAUCUCCUGGGGCCCGGGGUGGUCUGGCCGGGGGGCCUACUCUGGAACUUCCAGCAAGCAGGGAGGGAGAUGAACAUCCCUAGCCUGAUGGGAAACUUCCCUAACCCUGGAGUCCCCGGAGCAAACCAGUACAGACCUGGACCCAGAGGAGGGCGGUAGACUCACUGAAGGCCUGGAGGAGGGAGGUAGACCCAGUGAAGACCUGUUGGAGGGUGGUAGACUCCCUACUGGCCGGUUCAUUCCCUGCUGCGUUGUGCUGAAGAAGAGGAUUUGGGCGUUGAGAAGCGAUGGGAGAUGAAGCCAUAUUUAUUUUACCAUGGCAAGAGACAGAUUUUUUUAAUUGACUAACUCCGUCCAGCUCCGUUGACUUAAGAGACCCUGUUGUACAAAGUCCUUAUGUUUGCCUCGUACAGCGCUUCUAACGCGUUUAUAUUUAAAUACUUUUUCUACAAUUAACCUGCCAUUCUCGGGCUGCGUACAGCAGGCCUUGGACACACCUGCUCUUCAAUGGAACAUUUCUAUUUUCUGAGGCAGAAAAGGGUCGUCUGGGUUCAAUGUCUUCCAACAUUUGUUCUUUUUCUGUGUUUGCUGGGCGUUCCCCGGAGAGCCCCUUGCCCCUCUUCAUUUAUCCAUCUGCCAAGUAAUUUAACACAACCAAGAGUUUCUUGGUUUGUUCCAAACUCAUCAACACAAUGAAGAGCAUCUUGGGGUCUGUGAUGAACCCACUGUAACCAGUUAAAGACAAGCAGCUUCUUUUAACUGAAAUCCUUUUAUUUUUUUACUCAUAAAGGUUAUGUUUGUAUUAAAACAUUCUGAUCAAACAGCU